AGCCGUCCGGCUCAGUGCCGUGCAGGCUUCGCCGGGCGGCCUUCGCGCCAUGCGGGCGGCCUGCCGGUCUGCUACGUAGUUCUUUAUGCUCCAGCACCGUCGACGAGCCGCCAUGAUCGCCGCCGCGGGUGUCCUUCUCUUGGUAUUGGGGCUGCCUCGGGCUUGCUGCCUCGCCCCUGCCUGCGAGAGCGACUCUGGCCAAUGCGAUUCCCAGCUCAUCCAGACCAAAGCUCAGGCUGAGCAGCAGGUGCGCUUCUCCGGGCGGCGCAGCCUCGCGCCGCAGGAGUGUUUCAGUAAGUUCACGGGCAGCAGUACGUACACUGUCGUCCUGGUGUUUUCAGGGCGUCGCAGCCUCAUGCCGCUGCUUUUGCGCUAUCUGGACAGGAUGGUCCAGCAGUGCUCGGUCCACGAGGUGCACUUGUGGGAUUACACGGACUAUCGGGGCAUGAGUGGGGAUGAUGACCAUGAUUGGCUCAGGGACGCCAGCGAAAAGCGCAAUGGCACCGAGUUUCAGAUCAUGACCCACGGAUUUGAGUUGCAUGCGUGGGCCGAUGUGUACGAGUUCUACUCCUCCGAGAAGCUGGGCUUCGAACGCCCUCGAUGGUCGCCGCGGUCCGAGUUGGCAACGCGGGGUAACACAGUGUUGGUGAAGGCAGAUGACGACAUUGUCUAUAUAGAUACAUCCCGAUUUGAUUCUUACGUGGAAUACAUUCGCACGCACCGCGAGAAGUUCAUUGUCCACGCCAACAUUGUGAACAACGCGGUUGCCGCCUACUACCAGGCCAACCACAUUGAGGAGCUAAAAAAACAGAUCCCCGAGCUCGGCGAGUAUCCGAGAGAAGGUGGAAAUGGCCACCUGGGCCUAUUCGGUCCGCUUCUCACUGGAGGCGGCCCCAGCCUGCACAAGUACUUCCUGCGCCACCGCGAGGACUUCUCGUGGUCCGAGGGGGACGGGUGCAUCGCCUACGGCAAGGAAGAUGCGGCCAGGCACGGCCAGGUUGGGCAGGGCCGCUUCUCGAUCAAUUUCUUCGGUGCGCGAUGGGCAGAGUGGGACAAUGUGCAUCGAUUGUCUCUGGACCCAGACGGGGACGAGAUCGGCAUCACAACCCACGGCUCCGCAGAAGGUCGAGACCAGUGCAUAUUCACUGCCCUCAAUGUCUGCCACUUCGGCUUCAUGAAGCAGGAUAUGCCCAGAGACAUUUACACUGCCUACGAGCGUCUCUUGGCUCAGUCAGGGGCUUAGCGGGUCGAUGACGUGUUCGGUCGUGGCUUGGCAGCGCAGCAUUCACGGGCGUUUCUGGAAAGAAUGCCGCCACUCCUUGUCACCCUCCUUGCCCCUCUCUUCCCCUCACCGACUCUCCUGGUACUGGGUCUAGUUGACGCAUGGAUUCGAAGGUUGUCGCGGUCGGCUCCGUUGAGCUGGGAUGCUAGAUUGUUCUUGAAACGCAUGUGCUGUCGGUUGGAGAUCGACUCCCGCCGGAUCAUUACGUCAUUGCCUCCGAGGCGGCUCAGCAGCUAGGACUCGUUGCGUACCACCUCGCUGAAGCAUGCGCAUCUCUCGAGUCUCGAGUCCAGGCUCUCGCCUAGACGCGGGCUUCACUCUUUAUCCAAAGGAUGCCGCCUCUGCCGCUGACCCCAAUUCAGCGACGUAUGCUUAGUUCGUUUUCUGUCGCAACACACUUCCGAGUUCCAAUGGUAGAGCCACCUGAGGGUAUUUCAAUUUGCUUUUGCUGGGGAUCUGGGGGCAGCGAAGUGCAUGUUGUAUUGUGUUUCCCCACAUGUUUAGUGGGGUUCUGGUGUUCUUCCUUGCCGCGUCGCACCCGCGUCUCACCUCCCUCCUCUC